UUUGCAUAUAUAGGUGGGGGUGGUGGUGAAGGAGGAGGAGAGCAAGGUGACAAUGGGAAGCAAGGGGACCGAAGUAUACUUCGUAUUCAUGAACUUUGAUCCCGAGUAUGAGCGGCUCCAAAAAAAUCGAUCAAAGCAAGGAAAAGAAGAGCUUGAUUUAUACUUGAACAACAAGCAUGACAAGUUGCUUGCUAAGCUCUUCCAACCAAAUACUUACAACAAGAGAUCAUCUUUGGCCAUUGUUGAUGGUUUUGCAGUUGAAAUGACACAAGCUCAGGCGGCUAUUCUUAAAGGGACAGAGGAAGUGAGAAUUGUAGAGAAGAAUCAAGAGCUUGCUUGAUGAAAUGGAAUGCAUGGUAGAUAAUUUGGAUGAAGAAAAGAAUGGAGAAGAUGUUUUAAUAAUGAUUUGGUUUAGAACUCAAUAUGGGGUGUUGAAGUUUUCAAGAUGAUGAAGAAUGGUGGGCAGACUAGACUUUGAAACUUUGAAACUUUCAAACUGUUUAGGUGGAGAGCGGUUUCAAUCUUCUCUUUGAAGACUAUAUUAUAUAUGUAUAUAUAUCUCCAUAUUAAACUUUUUAAU